AUGGCCAAGAAGAGCGGAGUGUUAAAGUCGAAUAAAAGUGCUGGAAAAAAAGCAUGGAGUAAGAAGCCUAGGAAGGCGGGUAUGUUUAAGGCACUCAAGAAACACGAGAAGAGAUCUGCAGUUGUUACGGCCGAGAAGAGUGACCUACACAAGAAUAAGCAGAAGGUGAAGCUCGCGAAGCGACCACCGCCGGUUUCAGAAGAGUUCCGCAACUUUGACGAGCGCAUGGCUGCAAAGAAGCUGCAGCGACCACGAUUUGCUGCUGUAUCAUCGCCAACAUUCGUGAUGGGAGCACCGACGUUCCAGUUUAACGCGAAUGCAAUGCAGCCGUCAUUGAAACCACGUGAAGUAGAAGGUUUUCAUGGCUUCAUAUCUGCACUCAAUGCUCCAACAGAUAUGCCAACAGCAACCCUCAAUCAAGCAACUCGUCAGUCCAAGCCCAUUACGCAGCGUGAAUACUAUGGAAACAAUGUGUUUGCAGUACUGGAAGACGAGGAUGAUGAAGAGCAGGAUAAAAAGACACUGACAACGCCAGCAUUUAUGCAGCCAGCGACAUUCACUUUUGUCAAGCCAACAUUGACACUCCAGUCUUCAUUUUGCCAGAGCAUACAAUCAACAAUAACAACAGCAGCAGUAGACAUUGAUCCUGAUUUAUAG